AUGAGACUCUCAAUUGUUUUAUUGGUAUUAUGCAUUGUUGCAUUUGCCUCAGCCCUUAGAUUAAAUCGUGUAAAUAUUGCUAAUGUUGAAUCAGCUCCAAAUCAAUUUGUUCAACUUCACAACACUUUACCAAACGAAUCUGUUCAAUUCAAAAUUUUAUUAAAACAAAAUAACCUUAGAUUAUUAGAAGAGAAAUUCUGGGAAGUUUCAAACCCAAAAUCUGAAUACUAUGGUAAAUUUAUGAACAUUCAAGAUGUUAAUGCCAUGGUUGCUCCAGCUUCAUCAGAUGUCAAAGAAGUUAUUAACUGGUUAUUAGAUAACCACAUCUCAAAAAAUGAAAUCAUUCUUGAUUCAAAUGUUAUUCAAGUUCGUACUUCAUCAUUCAAAGCCUCAAAAUUAUUCGAUACCCAAUUUGCUCACUACAUCUCAUCACGUAGUCAACAAAAAAGAGUUAGAGUUACUGGUACUGCUUCAGUCCCAUUCCACAUUUCAAACAAAGUUGACUUCAUUUUAGGUUUAACUGACUUUAUUGAAGAUGGUCGUAUGGAACAAUCAAUGAGACAAUCUGCUAAACAAGUCGAAACUGCUUCAGCCACCAUUACCCCAGCUUUCAUCAAGAAAUUCUACGGUAUCCCAGCUAACCAAAUUUCAACUAACCCAGAAAACUACCAAUCAAUUGCUGCCUUCCAAGAUUACUUUGCUGUUGGUGCUCUUGCUUAUUUCGAUAAACAAUUCAACAUUGAUCCAUCAACUGUCCGUGUUAACCGUGUUGGUCAAGAUUGUAUCUCAGGUGGUUGUGACCAAAUGGAAUCAGAUUUAGAUAUCCAAUAUAUCACUGCUAUUGGUAACAAUGUUUCAACUUUAUUCUUAUCAUCAGGUAAUGGUGAAUGGGUUUUAGAUUGGGCCACUGCUAUUCAAAAGUACAACCCAUUACCAAAAGUUUCAUCAAUCAGUUAUGGUUGGGCUGAAAUCGAACAAUGUGAACUUACCAACGAUUGUAAUACUCUUGGUAUUGAUUCAGCUGUUUACAUCGAAAGAACCAACACUGAAUUCCAAAAACUCGGUUUAGCUGGUAUGUCAAUUUUAGUCAGUUCAGGUGAUGAUGGUGCUCCAUCAUAUUAUGGUGCUUCAGGUAACUGUCCACUCGAUUACAACAGAUACUGCCCAUUAGGUGGUUGUCAACAUACUUCAACUAGCUGUGGUUCAAUCACCAUUACCACUUCAAAUGGUACCAACUGUUAUUUCCCAGGUGGUUCAGGUAGUAAUGCAUGCCAACAACUUUUACAAAGCCAAGAAUAUGCUGAUGCCAUCAACAAAUUCAUCAGCUCAAACUCAGGUUCAUGCGGUACCACCCUCGAAAGUGAUACCCAAGGCAACUACCACAUUUACUCUAAAUGUCAAUGCAACAAAUUAAAGACUCUUUCAAACAAAGAUUUAGGUUUCAAGAUUACUGGUUACACCUUCAACCAAAACGGUGGCUCAGUUUUACUCCCAGAUUACCCAACCUCAUCACCAUACGUUACCUCAGUUGGUGCCACUCAAAUUCUUACCAACAACCAAGAAAUUGUUUGUUCAACUGAUACCGGUGCUAUCAUUACUGGUGGAGGUGGUUUCGCUAGUUUACAACCACAACCAUCAUACCAAGCUCAAGCCGUCGCUUCUUACCUCAGCAGUGGCAACAGCAAAUUACCACCAUCAUUUGCCUUCAACUCAUCAAACAGAGCUUACCCAGAUAUUACCCUUGUUGGUCACGCUUACCAAAUUGCCUAUCCAACUACCCAAACCUCAGACCAAUGUCCAUGUACUAUGGGUGGUGUUGAUGGUACUUCAUGUUCAAGUCCAACAACUGCUGGUAUCAUUUCAUUAAUUAACGAUAAACUCUUAAACGCUGGUUCAAGCCAAUUAGGUUUCUUAAAUCCAUUAUUAUACCAAGCUGCUGCUGAACAACCAAAUGUUUUCAACGAUAUUACUUCUGGUGAUAACAACUGUAACCGUGCUUACUGUUGCCAAUAUGGUUUCCCAGCUCAAAAAGGUUGGGAUGCUGCUUCAGGUUUAGGUUCAAUUAAUUUCCCAAAUUUCGAACAAUACGCCUUAUCACAAAAAAUCUAA